CCCAGAAUGCCUGGCUUCCAGCGCGGCGCCCAGCAGUCAAGGCCCGAAGUCCAACAAACACCUUUAAACUUGUUGCAAAAUGUCGAUAUGGAGUCGGAGCGGAGGCUGGACGGAGAGGUGGAACUAGGCUCAGUCGGUCUGUGAAGAUGCCGGGCUUCCUGUCAUUCAGCUGCUGAAUGCUAAAUUAGACUGCAGGCCAACACAAGAACACUUCUCAGGAAACACACAGACCCAGUCUGAGCUUCCAAAGCUCCUCAUCACAACAGCCCUUUUGGGGUUGCUAUGGCAGCUGCUGUCACAGAAACCAAGUGCUGGACACAGGCUUGCCCCAGUAAGGCAGGAGAGACCUCUAGUCAUUGCUGCAAGAGACCGUCAGACAGCACUUAGCAUUUAUUGUGCACUUUAACAAACAAUCUGAACUCCGUGGGCUGAUGGUACCAUCUCCUCAUGAGUUUUGUGUUUAUCAGCGCAGGCUCGUGGCCAGAGUCCCUGAGCAGCACAGCCGAAACCCACCAUUGUUUUAGACCAUGUUCCACCAGCAAGACCAUCUAAAGAGCCAGCCACAGGAGAGCCAUCCUGCAACUCGGCAGCUUUUUCACUGCCAGGACUGUGGGAAGCAGUACAACACCCAGCUAGGUUACAGACGCCACCUUGUGGCAGCCCACAGUGUUGCAGCAGCCCUGCCCUGCUCAGAUGUUGCUCCCUCCUUGCUGGAGCACCUGGGUGGCCAUAUUGACAGGCCUCCACCGUCAGAGGGAAGCAUUAAUGUUGCGGUGCCAGUAAGAGAGAGGAAGUACUCCUGUGAGAGAUGCGACCGACGUUUUUACACACGUAAGGAUGUGCGCCGUCACGCGGUGGUGCACACAGGACGCCGUGACUUCCUGUGUCCACGCUGUGCCCAACGGUUCGGCCGCAGAGACCACCUGACUCGCCAUUUGAAGAAGAGCCAUACCCAGGAGACAGGGUUGAUGCCACCCUGCAGUUCCAGCACUCCUGGGGCUACACCGAGCCCCUCCACUAUGUGCCCAGUAAAAGAAGAGCCCAGCCCAGUCACCCCAGAGAUGACCUCUGUCUCCAAGGAGCCCAUGGAGACUUUUUCCAGGGAAAUGUACUCCUCGUACCACAUGGCCAGUCCUGUCCCUGUCAUGGGCCAGCCUCAUGGCCUUAUUCAGGGCUCCUUGUCCUCGAGCAUGGGUAUGGCUCGCCACAUGCCCUCUCAAUCUUCCCAACCCCACCAUCAUCACCUGGCACCAUCGGCAGCUUCGCAGCAGCAGCAUUACAGCAACAUGCCCCGGUACCAGCACGGCUCUACCUCAUAUCCUCAUGCUGACGUGGACAGCUUCCUGCUGGACCUGCAGAGUGCCCCCCCACCUCACCUGAGUGCAGUAAACUCCUCUACCUCUACUUCUGCUUCCCCUCAGAGGGACAUUCUGGCUGAAGGGGUGAGUGCUGGUAGUGACCCACACUUGAUAUCCAGGAGCCCUGCUGUGCCCUCAGCUGAGCUAUCCUGCACCACCAACAUGGACCUGGGACCACUGCUGAGCUUCUUACCUUUCAGCCUGCCACCUUACAGCCCUCACAUGGGGAUGGGAAGCUUAGUGAUGAGCUAUCCACCUGCCACCACCACCACCACCGCAUGCUCUCCAUCCUCUUCCACCGGGCUGUCCUCCCAGGCUCCAGGGCCCUUUACCUUCUUCCAGUCUCCGCAGGCUAAUGCACCACAGGGCCCUGGGCCCCACAACCACACCCAACUACCUCAGGCAUACAGCAGUCCUGCUAUGAGCACAUCCACUUCCCUACCUCACUACUACCAGGCCUUUCAGCAGUAAGCAGCUGUCCCCCCCGCAACGCUCGAUGUCUUUGUUCAUGAAAAUAGUCAAAUUAAGGAACGGCGUCUUUACUGUAAAACAGAUGUCUUGUUUUAGUUAUUGUUGAAUGCAACAAAUCACCUCAGCAGUAUUACCUCAUUAUUUAAAGUAAGCUUGAAUGUUUAAGAAGGUGUAGAUGUUUUAACUGCAACCAAAAUAUACUUCUACUUCUUCUCCAUCUAGAAACAGUAGAUGCACUUAAUACAGGUGCUGCUCACUGCUCUCACUGAGCCUGUCAUCUGUGAGGAAAGGACACCUUCCUUACUCAGGCAGAUGUGGAAACAUUGGCGCAUUACAGGGAGCAAGCACUACCGAAAAGACUAAACCUCAGAGCACCUGCUCGUUUGACAUUUGGAUCAGCUUCCUGUCAAUGGCGUGCAUCGUCCGCACGAUGUAUCCACGUGUUAUUGUCUUUUAGAAUGAAGCGUUGUUUGUCCCCUUCAAGUUUCUGCAACCCUGUACAAAUGUCUGUCAGAUCAAACAUCUCAUCCAUCUUACUGGAAAUGAAGCACAAAUGAAAUAGAAUGAGCUUUGUGACCAUUAACACACAGUCCCUUUUUAGAAGCUUAGGGACAUUUAGUCAUAAACACUACACACAUAUGGUUUUAUCUUUUAUUUUUUAUUUUCACUGAAGUCAUGUCAAAACACAUGGGGGGCUGCUCUGCUGUUACUGAUGGGGAAACAGGUUUCGAAGUGUUCUGACUCAGAACCAGAAUAUUUGACACAAUAGGAACUGGUGAGACAAAGUUUCCUUAGAGGAAAAUGAACUCUUGCAGUAUUAACUGUUUUGUUCCAAAUAUUUCUGUUUUUGAGUUGCAGCAUGGAUUACCUGUAAAGAGCAACUGGGUGAAUCACAGUUUGCUCUCCAGCUAUUUAGUUUCUUAAACCGUCUCAGAGUCCAGGUGGCUGGAGCGUGUCCCGAAGGGGCUGAAAAGUGGGCUCCACCCUGGACAGACUACCAGGGAGAAACAAAAUAUGGACAUUUAGGAGGCUGAAAUACAUUACUGAGGUGUCAUUUAACGGCCAGUAUGAACAGGAUGCAGUAUUACAGAGAAAAAUCUGUUACUUUCAUAUUUAUAGGGAAUAUUUAAACAAACUACUGGAUCCCAUGUUUUCUAGGUUUGGGUGUUUUUUUUUUUUUAAGUCAGUUUAAUAUUAUUUGUCUCAUUGGCUGCUGCUGCAAUGACCACAGCAUGACGAGAAACCUUUUAAAUGUACAUGUGUGAAUCAAGGGAUUGCUUGAAAAUGGAAAUGGGAAGUAUUGGUUGGACGGUGGCCGCCCUGGCUCCGUGACCUGACGUGGAACAGCUGGGAACUGAUUUAAGCAGAAGGAAGCUUCACAUUCCACCCUGUUACCUGUGUUUUCUUUUUUCCGAACUGGACCACUGGAUGUGAGUACCUUUGGAACCGAGCACGAACAUCCAUGUGGAGCAUUUCUACCCAUUUCACCGUUGCUAUUAACACCAUUCUUCAGUGGCUGUGGUGCUGGACUCUGUGAAUGUGUUUCUGAUAAAAUUAGCACUAUAACCACCCUCA